GAUGACCGUUUCCUGCAUGUGCAUGUGAAAAUGGACAAUUCAACUGAUUCUGAGGAGCAGCUCAGAGAAGCAGCAUGUAUAGGCGAUUUAGAGUCAGUCAAGGCUUUAAUAGAAUCAUCAGGUGUGGACAUCAAUAGCCAAAAUAAAGUUAAUGGAUGGACAUCUCUACAUUGGGCUGCCAAGAGAAAUCACAGUGGUAUAGUUUCCUAUUUACUUUUACAUGGAGCUGAUAAGUAUAUAAAAACCAACAAUGGGGAGAUAGCUAGCCAGCUGAGCACUUUCUCAGACAUCAAGAACAUGCUGGGAGGCACAAAUGCUGAAGUUGUACAGAAAGAUCUUCCAAUAACCCCAAAUUACUUAGCAAACCCUCCCUUUCCCUAUACACAACCAGUUGUCCAAAAAUCAACAGACUCCAGCAGAGAAAAUCCUGGAAGACUUCAAGAACAAAACUGUGCUUCCAACAAUGAGCUUGUGAUCAAGGUGCGCGUCGCCAACAGUGAGGAAAGAGACUUCAUUGAGGUGGAGUUGGACAAACACUGUCUGUCAUUUGAUAGACUUCUAGCUGUCUGUUGUCAAGAGCUUGGUGUGCAAAAAGGACUAGUGUUCAAAAUCAGAAAACUACCUAAUACAAUUGUACGCAAGGAUAAAGAUGUUGGUCGCCUAACUGACUUUCAAGAGCUUGAAAUUGUGUUAAAAAAUAAUUCAGAACCUAGACCAAUGCAGUAUGGAGUCUCAAUGUCUCAGAGGAUUCUAUAUUAGAAAUUCUAGCUCCACUUAGUAAAUAAACUUAAAACUGUCCUAAUGAUAGGAAAUGUCCAUUGUUGAUAGCCACCAGUUAUCUGCUCUUGCUCCAUGGUAGGAGUUGUAGUGGGCUUGAGAUGAUGUAAAAUGUCCCAAUUACAUGUGUAUUUACAGCAUACACCAAAUGCUAGUUUUUGUCAAUUUGUUUCUCACAUCCAAGUUUACAAAAGUCAUAUUUGACUUGUAGAAAUCUUUUUACGUUGCAUCAUUCUUUUUAUAUUAUAAAUGUUACAUGUAUAGAGGCAGUUAAUGGUCUAUCAAGAGCUUGAAAUUUAUUGUUUUAACUCAAGUUGCAUAUGCGUAGUCAUAAAGGAUACUCGAUAUAAAUUGCUUUGUGUAGAAACAUUUAUUAAGAUAUUAUUAAAGCACAAAUUGUUUUGAAAGUUUAUGAAAUUUGUAUUAUUGUUUGUAUAGUAUUUGCAGUGUAAAAGUUAUUGUAUUAAUGUGCCAUAUAUAUUACGUUUUUCC